GUCCUCCUGAUCCUCCGCAAAGCCACUGCUUGGUCCGACUUCGUCUGGCGACAACUGCGAUGGAGUGGUUGUUUUGAUAAAAGUUGAAGGAUUUUUUGAAUCGAGUUUGUAUUACCACAUUCGUGCGUCCAGCAUGUUUUUGGGGCUUUCCGUGUGUUCAACCGUUGAUAUUUCUUGAAGUCGCCGCAGGACAAACAGACGGACGUUGGAAUAACCGAUCUAAAAACUUUUUUCAACUGCCUUACUAGUCAGUGGACUGACCUAUGCUAAGCUAACCCGCCAGCAAAAGCAGCUCACAAACCUGGUAAAAGUUCACAAAGGAGCAGAGGAACUUUGUAUUUCGGGAUUCGUGGACUAAAUGAGAUUUUCUGGUGACUUUGUGAGAGAAACCUGCCUCCCUGAGCUUUGCUUUCGCCGGUCUGACUGGACGGUGCACCUUUUGCAGCACCUGCGGUAACGUUAGCUCCAUCGGUACUGAGCUAGCUUUAGCUUGUUAGCAUUCAGCAGAAGCAGAGACUAUACUGUGGACCGGUUUAUCUCUCAUGGCAUAGAUUAUUUGAGAUGUAAGACAUGAGGUGUUAGUUACAAACGUUAUACUGCUGCUCCGUCAGUCUUUUAAGUGGUGACAUUAGCUGAAACAUAUUUCGGCUAACCAGCAACCUCGUUAGCAAGUUAUUGACCCUAAUACAUUUACCGGAGUGGCGACGUGGAUAAGGGUUGUGGACGCUCUCUCCCACAGGACUUUGGACACGGUUUGAUCCUCUGCAGGGAAUGCCACUGUGUUCUCAUCAGCUAGUCUCGUAGAUGUGACAGCAUGAGGAUUUCAAAAAGUUGCAUUUCACAGUUUUAAAGUUUUGCUCUAAAAGCUCUGCACCCUAUGGUGCCGCUACGGCUACCAAGAAAUGGAUGUCUCGCAGGCCGCUUUCCCAAACGGUGAAGGGCGGCCGGGCGGCGAGGGGACAGGGGAACAUGCCUGGACAGAUUGCCCCACAGCUCGGGCGUGGGCUCACUCUGCCCCGCUGUGCCCAACCCGGUCCCUAUGGACGGCAGCGUAUGACUACGAGGCAAGCGGCGAGGACGAGCUCAGUCUCAGGCGAGGGGACGUGGUGGAGGUGCUGUCCAAAGAUGCAGCAAUCUCCGGGGACGAGGGGUGGUGGACGGGUAAAAUCAACCACCGUGUCGGGAUUUUCCCCUCAAACUAUGUCACAUACCAGCCAGCUAUUUACCGUAUCCCUACUACGAGUGGGUCUGAUGGGACACGAGAACAAGUCCCAAGCGCACCCAUCAAUAUCCCGUUCAGUGAACUGGUACUAGAGGAGAUCAUCGGCGUGGGUGGAUUUGGCAAAGUUUACCGGGGCACAUGGAAAGAUCAGGAGGUCGCAGUGAAAGCGGCUCGGCAAGACCCAGAUGAGGACAUAGCAGCCACCGCCGGCGGUGUUAAACAAGAAGCGAAACUUUUCUCCAUGCUGCAACACCCCAACAUUAUUAAACUGGAAGGAGUGUGUUUGGAGGAGCCUAACCUGUGCCUGGUCAUGGAGUAUGCCCGAGGCGGGACACUGAACCGGGCGUUGACCGGAAGGCGCAUCCCUCCACACAUCCUGGUUAACUGGGCUGUGCAGAUUGCACGCGGGAUGCUCUACCUACACGAGGAGGCCGUGGUACCCAUCAUCCACCGUGACCUGAAGUCUAGCAACAUUUUAUUACUUGAAACGAUUGAGAAUGACGACAUCGGGAGGAAGACCUUGAAGAUCACAGAUUUCGGCCUGGCAAGGGAGUGGCACAAAACCACAAAGAUGUCCGCUGCAGGCACGUACUCCUGGAUGGCCCCCGAGGUCAUCAAGUCAUCGCUCUUCUCCAAAGGCAGUGACGUCUGGAGCUAUGGCGUCUUGCUGUGGGAGCUGCUGACAGGGGAGGUGCCGUAUCGCGGGAUAGACGGCCUGGCUGUUGCUUACGGUGUGGCGGUCAAUAAAUUAACGCUGCCGAUCCCCUCUACUUGUCCGGAACCCUUCGCCAAGCUAAUGGAAGAAUGCUGGGACCAGGACCCCCACGUGCGUCCCUCCUUCUCCUGCAUCCUGGAGCAGCUGUCGGCCAUCGAGGAGGCGGUGAUGGCCACCAUGCCCCAGGACUCCUUCCACAGCAUGCAGGACGACUGGCGGGUGGAGAUCCAGGAGAUGUUCGAUGAGCUCAGGACCAAAGAGAAGGAGCUACGUUCCAGAGAAGAGGAGCUGACGCGGGCCGCCCUCCAGCAGAAGUCUCAGGAGGAGCUGCUGAAGCGGCGGGAGCAGCAGCUGGCAGAGCGGGAGAUCAAUGUGCUGGAGAGAGAGCUCAACAUCCUCAUCUUCCAGCUCAACAAAGAUAAGCCUAACGUGAAGAAGAGGAAAGGCAAAUUCAAACGGUCCCGCCUCAAACUGAAGGAUGGAAACCGCAUCAGCCUGCCCUCAGACUUCCAGCAUAAGAUCACGGUGCAGGCGUCGCCCUCCAUGGACAAGAGGCGCAGCCUUCACAGCACCAGCUCCUCUCCCCCCAGCAGUCCCACCCUCAUCCCCCGCCUACGAGCCAUUCAGCUGACAUCCCACAUUCGAAAGGACAGUUUGUAUGUUUACCAACAGGAAGUUGAUCUGACCAGCGAGCUCACAACUUCCUGUGGGCUCAGGAGGAAAGUAACUCAAGAUGAGAGCAACCGUACAUGGGGCCGCAGCACCCCCUUCAGGCCAGAGGAGUUUGAUGAUGUGAAGAAGGGAAUCAAGAAGAAAGGAAGAACCUGGGGCCCCAGUUCAGUCCAGAGCAAAGAGAGGCCCGCUGCUGCUGAGAGAGUGCGUCCUCUGUCAGACGGCAGUAACCCCUGGUCCACCAGCCUGGUCAAAUCCCAGAAGUCAGUGCCCCUCGCUGCCCUGUUUGCUGAACAAGCGGGAGGCGGUAAAGACGAGGGGUUCUCCCAGGAUUCUCCUGACAGCUCCAAGCCAAAGCAGCUCAAGUUCCCCAACCAGGUGUAUAUCGAUCUACCUCUGUGGAGGGACGAGCAGCAGCCUCAGAACCCCGCCGGGCAUUGUGGGUCGGGGGAUUCUGGGCUCGGUACAACAGGUCAGGGCGGCGCUCCAGACACCCCAGACGACCCUUACACCACCACAUCCACCUCGUCCAGCUCCACCACCCCACAGCUCACCCCCACCAACAGCCUGAAGCGGGCGUCGACACGCCGUAAGACCGACUCGGCGCUGUACGGCUGCGGCUCGCUGCUGGCCUCGGUUGUGCUCGGUUAUGACAUUAGAGAAGCUCUGAAAAACUCGGCUCCUGGGGAAGACUGCGAGCCCCAGCGUGAGGAGAAAGAGAAGAAGAAGAAGGAGGGGCUUUUUCAGCGGGCUACCCGGUUCCGCCGCAGCACCUCGCCACCAAGCGGACGACCCCAGAAAAACGAGGCGUCAUCGAACCCCACCGCCGCUCAGCCUGUCAAUCUCAUCUCCAUGUCGGCCAUUAUGGAAUGCAACUCCACCAAGUGCCUCGUACAGCCUCAGGAGGCGUCAGUGGUUAGGACCAGCCCGGGGAAGGUGGAGCCUGUGGCGACCAAUCAUCACACAGAGACAUCCGGACCCAGCACAGCAGUUUCUACUGAAGGCCAGAGUAACAGUCCCACAGCUAACACACAGACACCAGAGCAAACCAAAAGCCCGCCGACAGACCAGAGCAACCACAUCACAGGAACACGUCUGCGCAGAAAGAAAUACUCCCCCAAUCACAACACCAAUGGCCCACCCACCCUGCCUCCUCCUGCCACGCAGAAGAAGCAGGAGAAAGGGAAGGAGGUUUCAGAGAAGCCCUCUAAAGGGGAGGCCUUCGCCAGGCCACGGCCGGUGUCAUUCAGGGCCAAACCCCACGCCUGGGCCCUGCUGCGGGGACGCAACAAGAGCUACUCCCUGGGCCACUACUCCGGGGAGAAGGCGGCGAAAAACAUAAGCGUGGUGCUGUCCUCCGACGUGGGGAUGGGCUGCUCCCUGCUGGACAUGGACACUGAGGGCCAGAAACGAGACUGCACCGUGCCGCUCUGCCGCAUUCAGAGCUCCCCGGGGCGGCCCUCCGUCUUCGAGCUGGAGAAAGAGUUCCUCUUGUAGGAGCUACAUGCAGUGAUCUGCUGUGGUCAUAGCUCAUUCCGUACAAUCUGAAUUGGUUCAGAACAUUUAGACAGAUUUUUGGCCUAAAACUCCUGGAGGGUUUAGAACCUGGCUGCCUUUUUUCUCUGUUUUUUCAAAAGUUCUAUAACAUUAAACCCAGCUGUGUCUUAGUUCUAGAGCAGACCGAGGCUGUGUCUGAAAUUACUCACUCGCCAUAUCUAAACACACUCCCACUGAAAAUACAUGUAUAUACAGUAUAGAGUCUUUAUAAAAAAGCUUUAUAGAGCUCUGUGGAAACACCACCCAUUAUCAUGUCUUAUUUUCUGUCCAAUAAUAUUAGUGACAUUGUAAGAUAAAUCAAUACCAAAAACGUCUUUUGAAGAUGAAGAUGAAGAUUCAACUUUAUUGUCAUUGCACAGAGUACAAGUACUAGGACAACGAAAUGCAGUCUCUGCAUUUGACCCAUCCUAGUGUUAGGAGCAGUGGGCUGCCAUUAUGUACGGCGCCCGGGGAGCUGUGUAGGUAACCAGUGUCUUGCUCAGGGACACCACGGUGGCACUUGGUCUUUCGGGGACUUGAACUGGUGACCUUCCAGUUCCCAGGCCAAGCCCCUAUGGACUUCGCCACCACCGCUUUUGAAGCUCAUCCAAAAUUAUUGAAUGAGAGCAAUAAAAACGAUACCAUGAAAACCAGUAAUACAGGUUGGAGAACUUUACCUCAAAUACCUAAAGUUUGGUAGUGCUAAGUUAAAAGUCAUAUAUGACAUAAAGCACACCUUUGAGCAUAUUUAGAAAAUGAUACGCAAGAAUCCAAUACAGUGACAAAUACUCAGCAUUCAUUAGAAAAAAUGUAAUUGAAUUUGCAUUGUUUUAUUUUCACAAUGCAUUGUGGGAUACUUUGAGUCCAUGACUUCCGACUUUUCAUUGGGGAGGCACAGGGGAAUUAAAGUCAGUCCGUGAGUGGUGAGUGAUUUUGGACGCAGCUCGUGUUCUAAAACACGGAACACAGCCAACACAGGAGUUCUACAACGUUCCCCCUCGGUCUAACACAAUGCCUUGUCCCAUUUCGGAAAAAUCGGAGUUCUGAAACCCAGGUGGAGCGCCCCGAACAUCCUGUGGUGCUCCACUCUGCUCGCUCUCCUCUCUCCCCUUUGUUACCUUCCUCUCUCGUUCUGUCGGUGCAGCUAAACGUUGACCGCUGCUGCAGCUUUCGCAACACAGUACCCUCACCUUUUUAUUUAUAUAUAUAUUUUUAUAGGUAAUUUAAUAUGAAGAGACUCGACCUUACCUUAGCUACCAGCAGGACAUACAUUCCAUGUCAGUUUCAAGAGUUGUACGAUCACGCUUUUAGAUUUGUUGACCUGGGAAAACAUGCAUGCAUGUCCCCUUAAAAUGUUGAACAAAAAAAAACCUUACGCCUCGUUUGUAAAUAUUUCUUUACAUCCCAUUGUCGGCCUGAUGCUGGCAGUUGUUUUCUGUUGCAUAUAUGCUGUUUAAAUAUGAUGUGAUAUGAUUGUUUUAAAAAGUCACAGGUGCUGCAGUACCGUUUGUGUUCUAGGGACGGUUACAUACUGGAUCGGAAGUGUGCUUUCUUCCCAGAAUGCCCUGACGAUUUUAGCCAUGCAGUUAGAAAAACACGGGAAGUCCUACAAAGCAAACGUGGAAUGUUUUUCAUGUUAUUGGACUAAACUCAAAAUGACCGUUGUGGUCAAUUUUCUAUUUAUAGAAACUUUUUUUAAUCUUUAAUAUUUCCUAUGCUCGGCACACUGAAGGAGAGUAUGGAAACACUUCAGCCACAAAUGCUUUUGUCUGGAAGACCUGCCCUGAAAUAAUGAUUUUAUAACCCCCCCCCUGGUGUCAGCUGAUUGGCUGGACCUGUAACAUACAACAUAUAUCAGAUUGAAGUCGUGGAAGGAUUCAUAAACAGGCCGGGAGGGGCCACAUGGGAGAAAAAUGUUCAGAACACUGAGUGCACGAACUGUCAAUGCUGACUGUAAACACACCCUGUGCCUUCUAAGAACAGAAAUCCUCUUUUAUACCCUUCAAACUGAGCUUUGAAAUCCAGUUGAGUGAGAGUCUUAGGGUUGUUUUAUUUCUAUUUAAAGUAGCAUUAAACAAGCAGCCACAUGUCCAUCUCAUCAGUCAGGAGCAUACAGAGAAUUUUGCUAGAAGACAGUUUUUCAUUGUUAUACAUGCUAUGAAUCUAAAGCCAGGUGACCGGCUUCCUCAGGAUUAAUACCGGGUUAAUUACCCCGAUUACUUUUUCUCCACCUGAGAUCUGACUAUGCAGGAAAUACACUGUACCUAUUCCUAUGGUCACUCCCGGGCCUCUUCUCCUAAAAUUUAACAAAUGAACUUCCCAUCCUUCGUUAAUAAUGACUGAUUCUUUAAUUCCCCCGACUUUUAUCCCCGUCUUCCAUCUAAAAAAUUGUGUCCCACUUUUGAAGGAGGAACUUUUAAAGUAAGGUUUGAACUUCCAAAUGGUGUAAAUAUAAUUGUGAUUCCUGCUGUGUAAAUCACUGUGGCGUCUUAUGAUGAUUUAGAAUGUGAAGUACCCCAUGUUCUGUGUUUUUAUGACCUCUGACUGUCGAACCGACACUGUAAAGGCCUUACUAAUCACCAAGCUGUUAAAGGGGCAGUUUACAAGCCAAGAUAUCACUGGAAUUACCCGUUGUUAUUUUAUUUUUUUUACACAUGAAGGGUCUUCUGUAAAUACCAUGACACACUGGUGCUGUUUAUUCCCCUAAAAAUAAUGUAUUCCAGUCUAAAGCCUGCAGUUUGUCGUCUACAGUAAGAAAAUGAAAGGUCUAUACGGCAAACGAUGACUGGACAUUCCCAAAAACACAUUCCACUAUUUGACAAACUGCAGCAUAAUAUUUGUGAUGGCGGUUUUCCAUGCGGUGCAUUCAGGCGUCUGGCUAAGGGACCAAAUUGAACUGUACCAGCACUAAGGCCUCUGUCUUCAGGACCAAAACCACUAAAUGAAGUAGCUGCUAGUGAGGAGUUCUCGCAAAGAAAACGACUCUAAACUAAAACCUCAGAGGCGCAGUGCGGCCCGUCACCUUCCAAUCAAACAAUACAACUUCCUGUUGAAUGCAACACUUCCUUUAAAUCCCCGGACAUCUCUGCUGGCACUCUGAGUGUGUCAGGUUAGCUUUGAGUACAACUGUUUCAGUGAGCGUUUUUUAUUAUCAUUACAGUAUUGGUUAUUUCACGCCUGAUUGAUCAAGAGUAUCAAGUUUAUCAACAUUUUGAAUAAAGUCUAAAUCAAGACUAA